AUGUCCACGCUGCGGGAGCUGAUCUUCAGGCGCCCGUCGCGGCAGUUCCAGUACCUGCACGUGCUGCUGGACCUCAGCUCCCACGAGAAGGACAAGGAGGUUUGGGGGGAUUCUGGGGGAAUUUGUCAUCCUCCUCUUCCAUCUCUGCAGGGCGAGGGCCCGGCCCCGCUCCUGUCCCUCUUCUUCUACGUGGCCACGGACGGGCAGGGCACGCUGCGGCCGGUGCUGGAGAACGGCACGCGGCUGGCGGCCGUGGCGGGCACGGCGCAGGAGCUCGGCGACUUCACCCUCACCUUCCUGCCCCCCACGGGCGAGGGCGGGCCCAAGUACGCCAGUUACAACUUCCUGGCCGCGGCACUGCCGGGGCUGCACCGCCUCACCGACCUGGUGCGGCACAGCCUCCGCGAGAGCUCCGUGUUCUCCCCGCCGGGCCGGCCCCGCCGCCGCUUCUUCGGGGUGUCCAGCGCUGGGGGGCUGCCCGGGGAGCCCCCGCGGGGGCAGCUGCUGCUGCACCAGGUGACGCUGGAGCCGCCGGCGGCGCUGGAGGUGACGCUGGAGUCGGGCAGCGCGAGACACAUGGAUGUUACAUGGGGGAGGUGCCACCAGGAGACAUCUGGAGGUGACGCGGGGGAGAGCCGCACGUACCUGGGCAUGUCCACGCUGCGGGAGCUGAUCUUCAGGCGCCCGUCGCGGCAGUUCCAGUACCUGCACGUGCUGCUGGACCUCAGCUCCCACGAGAAGGACAAG